AUGCCGAAGAAAAGCAACACAUCACGUGCUCAAAAAAAACGGUGGAAAGCCCACAGGAUCGCCCAAAGCAUGACCAAACUUACAGCGAUCCCUCCGACCUCUUCCGGAAACCCAUCAGAAAGCCCUUUCUCACUUGAUUUAACGCAAAACGGUGCUGAAAUCGACCUUAUAAUCGAAUCACAAUCUUCUUCCGUUUUCGAUUCAUCGACUCUUACCAUGGAUUCCGAUUUUGAUUCAUCUCAGACUCUUACCACCAGUUCCGUUUGUGAUUCUUCAUCUCAGACUCUUAUCAGUUCCUUUCUUGAUCCUUCAUCUCAGACUCUUAUGAGUUCUGUUCUUGAUCCUUCAUCUCAGACUCUUAUGAGUUCCGUUUAUGAUUCUUCAUCUCAGACUGUUAUGAGUUCCGUUUUUGAUUCAUCUCAGACUCUUAUCAAUUCUGUUUUUGAUUCAUCUCAGACUCUUAUCAAUUCCGUUCUUGAUUCAUCUCAGACUGUUACGCUCAAUUCCGUUCUUGAUUCAUCUCCAACUCUUACGCUCAAUUCCGUUCUUGGUUCAUCUCAGACUCUUACGAUCAAUUCCGUUCUUGAUUCAUCUCAGACUCUUACCAAUGAUAAGUUACAAUCCGAAAAUGAUCGCUCUUUGCCAACUCCACCUCCUUCCUUUUCUAAUCAUCCACCAGAGCCUUAUUGGCUUCCAAUUGAUAUUAAUUAUGAAACCGAGGAGGACGACUUAGAUCCUUUAGAGAUGCAUCUGUAUGCUCAAAACGAAGUUGCUGACUCAUCUGACGAAGAACAACUCAAUCAAGAACUUGUCAAACACAUCUUUUACCCUGUCUUCACUCAAAAGAGUCCACCAGAAUCUACUCUCAGUCUUGGAAAGCGAAAAACGAAAACAGGAGUGCUCUUGAAAGGAUACAAGAAGCCUCGAUUUCAACCUGGAAGCGCCAAGGGUAAACCUGCUCUAGAGUCGAAACAUCCACUCUCUCAAUUCACUUUUGGUUUACAUGUUUUACCCAUGUAUAGAUUUUUCAUCACUUUAAAUAGUGAUAGAAAAGGUUGCAUUUAUCUUAUCACCCCUUGGGUGAUUGUGGUAUAUAACCACCUGAGAUUGGUGAUUUUCUUUCACCAUCCUUGCCCUUACCUUGCCUCGUGGUGA